CCUGCGCAGUGGCGUCGUCUGGCGCUCGGGCCAUUUAAAUGUGUUUGAGGGAGACGGCGAAAUGGCUGCGCAGGUCGCUGCGGUGCGCGCCGUGGAAGAGAAGCCGCUGGGAGAGAGGUCUGGGCGGCCGAGGGGGGGAGGAGGCGGCGGCGGAGGAGGCGGAGGGAGGAAGCGGAAGGGCCCGUCCGGAGGGGAGCUCUGCAAGAGGCCCAAGCUCAGCCAAACGACGGCGCUGAUGCUGGGGCCCGCUCAGGCGGAGCAGGCGCCACUGCCACCGCCGCCUCCUCCUCCUCCUCCGUCGUCGCUCUUCGCCUUCGCCUCCCUCAGCCUGGCGCCCCAAGCACGGCCCUGCGAGCAGCAGCGUCGGCAUCACCACCGGCACAGGCACCGCUCCGAGCUCGGGGAGAAGAAGAAGCCCCACAAGGGCAGGCGGGCCGGAGAAGGGGCGGCGGGGGGACGGCCGGGGAAGAGAGAAAGCCGAGAUGAAAAUGGAAAGACCCAGAGAGCUGACAGUCUUAUUGUAAAGAAAAUAAAGAAAAAGAAGAAAAAGAAACAUAGAGAAGACACAAGGGGCAGGCAUCUGAAAAUGUACAACAAAGAAGUACAGACGGUGUGUGCUGGUCUUACCCGUAUCAACAAAGAGGUUUUGACUCCAGGGGAGAGUGAUAACUUGGAAGAGAACAAGGAAACUUUUAGGUAUCUAAAAGAUGAACAGCUGUGUCAGUUGAAUUUGGGUGUGCAGGAAUAUAGGAUACCCCAGGGGGUGCAGUCUCCAUUUACUACCCACCAGGAACAUUCUGUUCGCAACAGCUUCUUGAAAACAGGCACUAAAUUUAGUAAUUUUAUUCAUGAAGAGCGUCAGUCAAAUGGAGGAGCCCUGAUACUUCAUGCCUAUAUGGAUGAACUCUCAUUUUUAUCUCCAGUGGAGAUGGAGAGAUUUGCAGAAGAGUUUCUUGCUUUGACAUUCAGUGAAAAUGAAAAAAAUGCAGCAUACUAUGCUCUUGCUAUAGUUCAUGGGGCAGCUGCCUACCUGCCAGACUUCUUGGAUUAUUUUGCUUUUAAUUUUCCUAACACUCCAGUGAAAAUGGAAAUCCUUGGCAAGAAGGAUAUUGAAACAACCACCAUUUCAAAUUUUCACACUCAGGUCAGUCGAACAUACUGCUGUGGAACCUACAGAGCAGGUCCGAUGAGGCAGAUCAGUCUUGUUGGAGCAGUGGAUGAAGAAGUUGGAGACUAUUUCCCAGAAUUUCUUGAUAUGCUGGAAGAAUCUCCAUUUCUUAGGAUGACUUUGCCUUGGGGUACUCUUUCUAGUCUCAGACUUCAGUGCAGGUCGCAGAGUGAUGAUGGGCCCAUCAUGUGGGUAAGGCCAGGUGAACAAAUGAUUCCAACAGCUGAUAUGCCAAAGUCGCCAUUCAAACGACGCAGGUAGUGCUUUUUUUCUUUUAAAGAGAAACUUUUUAAGUUGGGGGGGGGAAGCUUAUAAAGUUCCUAUUCUGUAUCUCUAGUAUUUAACUGAGUUCAUUAGAUCUUCAAAAUUGAUUUCAUUUCAGUAAGGGAUGAAAAUGUUGUAACAUAUAUUACAGAAAUAAAUACAUGUUUCUCUCUUCUAACCUGACACAUCUCUAUCACAUUUCUUAUGCCAUAUAUUGCAUUUUAAAUUUCUCAGGGCAGAGACUUACCUUUUUUGGGAGGCAACCUAAAUACUUUAAAGGCACCAGAUCUUACCUGAUCUUGGAAGCUAAGCAGGGCCAGUUCUGGUUAGUAUUUGGAUGGGAGACAGCCAAGAAAUACCACAUGGUGUAGGCGAUAUUUCAGAGGAGGAAACUGGCAAAAACAUAUCUGAGUAUUUCAUGCCUAAGAAAACUUCGUGAACUUUAUGGGAUUGC